AUGCCAAGAGAUUAUUACAGUGAUUUAGAAAUUAAAGCUGACGCUAGUCAUGAUGAAAUAUGUUAAGCAUAUAGAAGAUUAGCUUUGAGAUUUCACCCAAAAUUCAGUAUUAUGGAUGAGAAAACUACUCAUCAUCACUUUUCUAUCAUUUCAGAAGCUUUCGAGGUUCUUAGUGAUCCUAUGAGAAGAGCAUUCUAUGAUAAAUUUGGAGAGGAAUAACUGAAAUAGGGAUUUUUUCACAAAGGAGAGCUCGCAGGAGGAUACAAGUUCCACAAAAAUCCUUUAGAAAUAUUUGAAAAAUUUUUAUGCAAGUAUAAUCCACUAGCUGAUAUAGUUGAUUUAACAGGAGAACAUGCUCAUGGCACCAUGUUUGGUUAUUAGUUUUAGGCACAAAAUUAUCAAUUGACCCAUCCUCCUGAACCAGUUUAUUUAGAAGUAGAAUGCAGUUUGGAAGAAAUUUAUAACGGAUGUUCAAAAGAGAUAUAAUAUUAUAGAAGUUUAUUGAAUUAAGAUGGAAGGACAACAAGAGAAGUACUAGCAAAUAAAAUCGUUCAAAUUAGAUAAGGUGUAAAAGAUGGAGCAACUGUUGUUUAUAAAAAAGAUGGAAAUCAAGCUGCUAGAUUUGACAACUCUGAUUUGGUUAUGAUAAUUAAAGAAGUCCCUCAUAGUAGAUUUAAAAGGAAAGGAAAUGAUUUGGUAUAUACACAAUAUAUCAAUCUAUCACAAAGUUGGUCAUUUAAAGGAGUUCAUCUUAUCACAUUAGAUAGCAGAAGAUUGUAUAUUCCAAUAGAUGAAGUGAUCACCCCUAAAACUGUAAAAGUAGUUGAAGGAGAAGGAAUGCCAAUUCAAUUUGAUUCUUUGAAAGGAUUAAAGAAUAAAUAGUUGUUAUAACCUUACAAAGAUAGAGGAAACUUAAUAAUAAAGUUUGAUGUAGAAUUUCCAACAUAACUAAGCAUCGAAGAACUUAAAAAAAUAUCAGAGCUUUUAGGGGAAAAUGAAGAAAAUGGUGAUAGAGCUAAUUGA